AUGGCGACCAGCGACAGCAGCCACGCCGGCGACAGCGUCCUCGGCUUCGACGGGGACGAGGAGGCGGCCCGCGAGCUGGCGAGCGAGGAGGAGGAGGAGGAGGAGGAGGAAGAGGAGGACGGGACGGCGGCGGAGUCGGACGAGGAGCCGGGCGCCAGCUUAUCAGACCAGGAUGAAGAGGGUACAACCAGGCAGGACUGCAUCGUCUCCGACCCGUCCUUUUCCAUGGUGGCGGUCCAGCGGGAGGACAGUGGCAUCACCUGGGAGACCCACUCCAGCGGAUCUUCCACUCCCUGGGCCUCCGAGGGGAGUCAGACUUCUGGUGUGUACAGCCCAGAAGGGUCAACCGUGAGCUCUCCUCCAGGAAACGUUUCCUUUGUGAUGGGUGAAGUCAAAAAGGGUCGGAAAAGAGCUCACAAGUCCAAGCCUGGCUCACCCUCACUGCGCCGGAAAGGCGGCAGGAAAAGGAAUUCUGAACCCCAAGCUGUCCCCGCACACAACAAGGGCAGCGCUUUAAUUUCAGGAAGGCUGAGCCCCAAGAAGGAGCAGUCACCUGCGGGCAUCUAUGAUAAGACGAGGAAGAAGACCACCUCGAACACGCCCCCCAUCACUGGGGCCAUCUACAAGGAGCACAAGCCGCUGGUGCUGAGGCCGGUCUACAUCGGGACCGUGCAGUACAAGAUCAAGAUGUUCAACUCGGUGAAGGAGGAGCUGAUCCCGCUGCAGUUCUACGGGACGUUGCCGAAGGGCUACGUCAUUAAAGAAAUACAUUACAGGAAAGGGAAGGAGGCCUCCAUUCGUCUCGAGCCAGACCUGGGCGAUCGCGACGCCAGUAGGGCUUCCCCCACGGGCACAGCCGCAGCCCGAAGCCUAGCUGAGGACAGCAUCCAAGGGCCUAGUCCCCCCUGGAGAGGGGCGCUCUCCAAAAGACCCUCGGCCCUGGCCUCACUGACCGCACAGGAGGAUCAGGAGAGGCUGGUGGACUCCCCGCUGAGGGCCGCCCUGGCAGCUCCGCCAGCAGUGCCACAGCAGCCAGCGGCCAAGGAGCUGACCCCUCCUGCCCUCGGCCCACUCGUGUCCCUGGAACCUGCCGGGGUACAGCUUGAGCCUGGUUCUCCAGGAGCCGCGGCUUCCGAGGAGGGCUCCAAGGCCCGGCCCUCGCCAGAGGAGGAGGUGCGGGCCGCGGGGGCAGGGCCACCGGGCCUGGCCCCGGAUGAAGACCGGCUGGACCUGCCCUCACCAGAAAAGGCGGCGCCCGGCCCCGAGCAGUGGACCCCUCCUCACGCCACUGCCGAAGCAGAGCCCGUGGGCCGCGCGCCUGAGCCCCCGGCGUGGGAGGGCGCGGAGAAGGAAGAACCGGAACCUUCCAGGCCCACAGCCGCCAAAGACUCGGACCUGGCGGAGGAGGAAGAAGAGGAGGAGGAGGAGGUGGUCGAGCUGGAGUACCCCGAGAGCCCGCUGCCCGGCGAGGGGCCGAUCCCGCCGCGGCUGCCGGCGGAGCUGGAGCCGCAGGACGAGGAGCCCGGGCUGCCAGCCCCGGCAGCAUGCUCGGACCUGGCGGAGGAGGAAGAAGAGGAGGAGGAGGAGGAGGAGGAGGAGGUGGUCGAGCUGGAGUACCCCGAGAGCCCGCUGCCCGGCGAGGGGCUGCCCGCGGAGCUGGAGCCGCAGGACCAGGAGCCCGGGGCAUGGCCGCCGGGCCGCGCCGCCUGGUCUGAGGAGGAGCGAGAGGAAAGCGAGUCUGUUUCCACGGAUUCUGCUUUCGUGUCGGAGUUCUCGGGGCCGCGGGAGGAGCCGGGGCCGGAAGCAGUGUCCCCUGCUCCCCGAGGGAAGGCCGCCGAGUGGGCGGAAGGAGCGGCCCCGGGGUGGCUGUCCCCGCCGUCCUCCACCGCCUCCUCAGAGCUGCGCGGCCCCUCCGCCGCCGAGAGCGGGCGCUGCUCCGCACAGGCCUCGCCCGCCCCUGACGACGCAGCUCCGUCCCCAGCUCCGUCCCCGGCGACGCAGGAGGCCCUGAGGGAAACGCCACCGCGGGCCGCAGGCGCGUCUGAGCCCGCGGCGCUGUCGGGAGGAGAGCAGGAAGACGCCCCCGAGCUGCCCGUCUCCACACUGGCCGCUGAGAGGACCCCUGAGCGCCUGCCGCCGCCUGCUACGGCCGAUACCCAGCACCUCGGCCCCUCAGGAGGGGACAGAGGACGUGAGCGUGUCGCCCCAGAUUCCAAACUGGUCUCCGAACACGCAGCUCCACCAGACGCCACACAGGAAUCCCAGAAGGAAACCAUCGAAGACGUGCCCCAACUCCGAUCAAAGGGUAUUCCUGAGCACGCAGCGCCAUUGGAAGAGAAGGAAGAGGCCAGACCACAUCCCCCACCUGCGGCCUCUGUGUCUGAGCACGCUCUCCCACCCCCUACACUGGAGAGGACCCCAGAGCUCCAGCCCCCACUGCCCCCUACUGCUACCGUGGAAUUCAAGGUCUCACCUGGAGAAGGCCCAGGAAGUGAGCGUGUCACCCCAGAUUCCAAACUGGCCUCCAAACACGCGGUUCCACCAGAUGCCACACAGGAAUCCCAGAAGGAAACCAUCGAAGACGUGCCCCAACUCCGAUCGAAGGGUGUUCCUGAACCCACAGCGCCAUUGGAAGAGAAGGAAGAGGCCAGACCACAUCCCCCACCUGCGGCUUCUGUGUCUGAGCACGCUCUCCCACCCCCUACACUGGAGAAGACCCCAGAGCUUCAGCCCCCACUGCCCCCUACUGCUACCGUGGAAUUCAAGGUCUCACCUGGAGAAGGCCCAGGAAGUGAGCAUGUCACCCCAGAUUCCAAACUGGCCUCCAAACACGCGGUUCCACCAGACGCCACACAGGAAUCCCAGAAGGAAACCAUCGAAGACGUGCCCCAACUCCGAUCCAAGGGUGUUCCUGAACCCACAGUGCCAUCGGAGGAAGAGAAGGAAGAGGCCAGACCACAUCCCCCACCUGUGGCCUCUGUGUCUGAGCAUGCUCUCCCACCCCCCAAACCAGAGAGGACCCCAGAGCUCCAGCCCCUACUGCCCCCUACUGCUACCGUGGAAUUCAAGGUCUCACCUGGAGAAGGCCCAGGUGUUAUCCCAGAUUCCAAACAUAUUUUCAAACAUGCAGUUCUUCAGAAGGAAAUAAUCGAAGACAUGCCCCAACUCAGAUUGAAGGGUGUUCCUGAGCACGCAGUGCCAUUGGAAGAGAAGGAAGAGGCCAGACCACAUCCCCCACCUGCGGCUUCUGUGUCUGAACGCCCUCUCCCACCACACACACCAGAGAAGACCCCAGAGCUCCAGCCCCUACUGCCCCCUACUGCUACAGUGGAACUCCAGGUCUCACCCGGAGAAGGUUCAGGAAGUGAACGUGUCACCCCAGAUUCCAAACACAUUUUCAAACACGCAGUUCUACCAAAUAUUUCCCAGGAAUCCCAGAAGGAAAUAAUCCAUGAUGUGUCCCAGCUGAGAUCAAAAGGGAUUUCUGAGCACACGGUCCUGUCAGAAGAAGAGAAGGAAGAUGCCGGACCACAUCCCCAACAUGUGGCCUCUGUGUCUGAACUCCCUCUCCCACCCCGCACAGCUGAGAAGACCCCAGAAUGCCAGGCCCCGCUGCCUGCAACGCCCCCAGCUGAACACGGGGUCAUACUGGAAGGGGCGCCAGUGGAGGGGGAGCGCUACACUCCCUCUUCUACGUCCGCUUCUGAAUUUUCAGUGCCGCCAUUCGCAACCCCAGAGUCGCUGGAGGAGGAAAUUAUCUGUACUUCCCCUCUGAACCUAAAAGGGGCCUCCUCCCCAGAGAUGUUCUCAGAACAGGAGCGUGACGACGUUGGACUUUUUUCUCCAGACUCUGCUUUUAUUUCCGAAUUCUCAUUUCCACCCUCUGCAGCUCAGGACACAGAGAGAAGAGAACUUGAGUGUGGUUCUCCGCUAUCCUUAACCUCCCCGUCUGAACACACAGUGUUCUCAGAUGAAGACACGGAAGAAAUUGAGCUCUUUUCUCCAGACUCAGCCUCGCAAGUUUCAAUCCCACCCUACAGAAGCCCAGGAACAGAGAAGAACGAAACAGAGCCCCACUCACUGCUGCCUGCCAGUUCUGCUUCCAGUUAUCCCUGCUUCUCUGGGACAGAUGAGGAAGACGGCGGGUCCACUGCCGCCACCCCCACGCCUGAGCAGUUGGAUUCUUCACCAGGGCAGAACACACCUGAAGCAGUGAGUCCGCCACCUUCAACAACGAAGGCAGAGGAAGCAGAAAUUAAGCCAGACGCUCACGUGACCUCAACAUCUGUAUCUGAAUAUCUCGUCAGGAUGCAACAGCAGGGAAGUCAAGCAGUUCUAGAGCCUGAGUCUGAAGAGUUGAUUCCAUCACAUGUAACCAGUGAGCUGGAGAAGGGAGAAGUCAAGACCAGCUGGUCAGUAGCCACACCUCCUUUGGCACCUGCACAGUCAUCUGUGGAGAAGGAGGAGACCCAACCUGUUUUGCCUGCAUCCCAGCCUUCAACUUUACUGGAUUCAGCCCAUGCCAUGGAGGAAGAACAGGAACUCCAAGCGUCACUCACUCUGAAAGCUGUGAAUGAACAGAUGGCGCUGCAGGAAGUCAGAGAGAAGGCAACGGUGCCUGAUUCUCAAGGAGCUACAGCACAGGCAUCACAGGCUCAAAAGGUGGAGCCGCAGCUUCCAGAUGUUCUCUGGUCUGAGAUGAAACCGUCAGCUCUGCCUGACGCGGUAGAGGAGCCACAGAAGGAAGUCAAACCCAGUUUAGCUGCAAGUGCAGCUUCUGAACCCGAACCAGAGCAGAGAGUGUUGUCAGAGGGUGAGCCUGCGGGAAUAAAACCUCCUUUACCCCUGAGGGAGACAGCUUUGUCUGGACUUGAGGUUUCAUCAGAUGUGAAAAUGGAAGUGAAAUUCAAUUCCAAAGCAGCGGGGCCACCCGGUACAGGAAAGGAAGUUGAAGAGGGUCUGCCUGCAUCGGCAUUUCCAGCUGUGUCAGAAGAAAUAAAGAAAGAAAUUGAACCCAGGUCCUCCACAACCACAGCGUCUCUAGCUAAGCUCGAUGUGAACAUUACCAAAUUGGAAAGAGAUUCAGGUGCCUCUCUUGCUACCCACGUGGAGGGUGUGGUCCCAGCCCAAGCAGGACAAGAUGCCCUAGGAGGUGUUUCGGUGCCACCUGCAAAAUCUGAAAGUAUGCAUCCAGUUCUUAGAGAAGAGGCAGUGUUUGAAAGUGCUGCUUCUCUCACUGAAAUGUCUUUGUGCAAAGGCUCUGCUCGGUCAGAAGCAGAGAAGGAAAUUCAACUGCCUUCACUUCCACGCAUGCCGUCUGCAUCGGAGCAUGCUGCUUUGCUGAGGGUGGAAACUGAAGAAGUGAAACCCGAGUUGUCAAUAACCAAGAUGCUGUCUUCUCAGCGUUCAGAAGUGUUUGAGGAAGCUGGGGUGGGAGAUGAACAGGGUGUGUCACAGUCUGCAGUCCUCGACUCUGAGCACGUGGUGUUGUCACAGAAGAAGCCCCUGGCAGCUGUCUCAGCAGCAUCAGGGCCUGAACACGAGCUUUCGCUGGAACUAGGUGGUGAGAAAAAGCAAGAAGAAGCAGAAUUCCAUCUGUUGCAGAAUGUGUCGCCUGCAGCCCAACACGCAGUUCCCAAAAGCAAAGGGGAGGAAAUGGCAAGUUACUCCAAGGUGGAUGUUUUAGCAUCAGAAGAUUCAGCCCUGACAUUCCUGACCCCCACGCGGGUGUUGGAGACAUCUUUGGCAGCCCAAAGAGGUUUCCUGUCAGAAAACUGUGAUCUUGUUCAGGCAGAGCAGUCAUUGGAGCCUGAGAAGGAAGUAAGACCACAGGAAGCACCAGAAUUGCCAGAGCCUGUGUCUGCUUGCACUAAAGGUGGAGAUAGUGACUCUGUACGGGCAAAACAAACAAGACCUCUGGUAACAGAAGCAGUGGACUCCAUCUUAGAAAAGAGUCCAGCUGAGCUUAGGCAAAGAGGAGAAGAUGAAACCAGGGAGCUUCUUGUGUCUACUGUAGAACUGUCAAAGGCCACGUCCAGCCUCCAUGUGGAACAGGAGCAGCCAGAAAAAGCACACCAUUCAGAUCAGGUGGUUGGAUUGCCUGAUGUAGGUGGAUCUUUUGUGGGUAAAGAAGAUCUGGGUACUAAACAACUUCUAGUUAAGAAAGAGAGUUUGCCUUUGGAACAAUCGAAAUCGUUUGUGACAACCGAGCCUGCAGGUAUCAAAGAAACAAAAAUGAAAGAGCCUAUCAUUUCUCCAAAGGAUAAGAACAGGACACUGGAAAAGCCAGAAAAUAUGGCCAGCGAACAGGAGGAAAGAAGGCAGGGGCCUGUGCAGCUGCAUUCUGCUGAGAGCGAGGACCGCAUGCCAGUACAGUUUAAGGCUGGGGAGACCUUGUCCACUAAAGCCUCUUCUCCUGAGGAAAGACAGCUGGCUCACGAGCCAGCACCUUUAGAUCUGGCUGGAAAUAUAGAGAGAAACACAGCAGAGGAGGUGCAGAUCUGUUCUGUGGUGGCCGGGGAACGUUUGACAUCACAGAAGGCAGACACAGAGAUCCCCAGGCCAUGCAAGGAGGAGGGCCAGGAAGAAACCAAGCUACCUCUUGCAGGAACUCUCCAGAAAGCAGAGUCUGGUCUGUUCGCAGAGGAAGGGAAUCCAGAGGCUAUCCUGUCUCCUGCCCAAGCAGCCCGUUUCCCGGCUGAUGUUAGGGAUCCUGCUUGGGGCCAUGAACAGGAAUCUCGUGGACACACACCUCCAUUACCUGUAGAGAAGCUGCUAGAAGAGGCAAGAAGGGUCCCACCGAAGGUUGUAGGUGAUGCUGAUGAGGAAAAGACACCUGCCCCUGCAGUGGAAACUCCCCCUCAAAAGUGGCCCCUGUCCCCGAUCCCAGCCAAAGAAGAACUUCUACCCCAGGAUGCACCAGAGGAGGUGCAGAAGCUGCCCGAGAAGCCAAAGGCAGCAGAGCCAGCUGUCCCUCAGGAAAAGGGAAAGAGAGGGAUUUCAUCUUUCAGAUCCUGGAUGUCUAGUCUGUUCUUUGGAUCAAGCACUCAAGAUACCAAAGUUGCUGAAAAAGAUGUGGAGCCUCUGCCAAGUCCCUCUGUAGCGAGCACAGGGACUGUGAGAGUGCCCGAAGGGGAGAGUCCCGCUGAGCAGAAGGCAGCCAGGAAGCCGGGAGCAAGACCUACAGCUGCCGAGGGACCCGGAGACGCCGUGGUUACACCUGGUGAAGGCCAAGGCCUUAAAGACACUCUCACAGUUUUAUCGAAGGUGGAAAUUUUGCAGCAGGCACGAUCCAGCCCUGAGGCAUCUAGAGAACUUGGAAGGGAAGAAGCUGCACCCCGCCCAGGAGAGGUAGACAGAAACUCAGCAGCUCCUCCUGCUGCUGGCGGGGACCAUGUGGGAAUUCAACCCUCUUCUCCCAUGCAUGAGAAAUCUGCUCCAGCUACCGAUAGUAAAAGAUACCAGAAGCCAGCGAUUUCUCCUCCCUCAAAGUGGACCAUUUCUGUUCAGGAAGAGCCAAGAAGUGACCAAAAAGAAAAAUCACUGUUUUCAUUUGAUGUCAAUAAGGCGCCACAACAGCCCAAACCAGCUUUAUCUGACGUCACAAGCAAGAAUAUCAUGGGGGAAUCAGAGAAGCCAAAGUGGAUCAUUUCUCCUGUAGAAGAAUCAAAAGGUAGAUUAGCUGCUCUUGGAGAAGGCAGACUAAAGGAAGACCUGCUAGAAUCCACUUCCUCAGGAGGUUUGGAGGAAGAAAUAAAACUCAGGUCUGCUGGCUCCGCGGGGGAGAAAGGUAACUUGGAGACCAGAUCCUACACCCUGGCCGAAGCACAGGAAACGGUGGCCCUGACAGAGCUCAGAGAAGAUAAGGAGCCAGGAAAGGCACAUGUCAUGCACGAAACAGAAGAAUCCAAGAUAACCAUACCACCGCAGCUCAUCGAUCAAAAUGGAGACCACAAGGAAAGCUCCAGAAUUGCUGUUGGUUCUGAGGAGGAGAAGGGAGAAGAAAAAGAAAAGCAGACACGUGUAUUUUUGGAAGAGAAGCAGCAGCAGGAAUGGGCCAGGUCUGUGCCUAAAGAGUCGGAUAUCACUUUAGUUCAUUCCAGGGGUGAAACGGAACCAUUCUUGGUAGUUAAAAAGGCAUCAAUUAUUGAGACACCUGAAAGCAUGAUCUCAGAGGCUCCCCCUGAAGUCAGGGAAGCAAAGGCAGGAGGAGUCCCACCACACCUAUUAGAAGAAAGUAUAGUUUUGGGGGAGAAAACCCAAAGUUUCCAUCCAGUGGGUCUUCCUUGCCACAGUGAAAUGGAUAACCACUCCGUAGCUCCAGAGGGAGACCUGGUGUUUGAAAAACCAUGCAGGGGUAUGGCAGGCCCCAGUGAAGAAAAGGGUCAGGUGCCGCUGUCAGAAGCAUAUGAAGGUGGUUCUGUUGCUGUCAGGAAAGAAAGAGUGAAGCCUGGCGCUCCGUCGAAAGACUCCCAGAGGACUUUGGAUCAGCUUUCUGAGGAAGCAAAGAGCUUAGAGACUCCACUGUUGCCAUCACCUCUGAAACCACAGACCGCUGCUUCAGAAGAGUCUACAGAAAUAAAUGCAGUGGAGAAGCAGGACGUGCCACAGUCGGAGUGGCCUGCAGAGCGCCAUACGGUCCAUACCAGCCAAACUAGGGACCGCGCCUCUGAUGUUCCUCACCAGUCCAUUCUCAUCUCAAAGCACCACAUGGUAGCUGCGGAGGAUGCCCGUGUAAGUGAACCAUCGUCUCCAGCAACAAGCAACUAUGCCCAAUUUAUAACCAGCGCAUCAACAGCCAGUGCUGAUAAAGUGGCUCCUGCUAAAGAAACACGGGAGAAGGCUGAGGACGAAUUCACAGUGACCAGCAAGCCAGCCGGGCUUUCAGAAGAUCAGAAGAGCGCCUUCAGCAUCAUUUCUGAAGGCUGUGAGAUACUGAAUAUUCACGCCCCUGCCUUUAUUCCUUCGGUUGAUCAGGAGGAAAGUGAACAAUUGCAGGAUAAGUUAGAAUAUUUGGAAGAGAAGUUCCCAAUUAAAACCACAGCACUCCGUGAUGAUAAUGAGGCAGCUGCUGUCCACAGAACAUCAAAGAGCAACUUAGAAGAUUCUGGCAGAAAACCCACAUCUUUCAAAGAAAAUGAACAAAAUGAAAGUUAUAAAACAGAAGAAGAGAUACCCACAGAAUCGGAAGCUGGUGAUUUAGCUUUUGCUCAGCCCACAGUCCCCAGUGAAGAGGAUUACUUUGAAAAGUAUACUUUGAUUGAUUAUAACAUCUCGCCAGACCCAGAAAGACAGAAACCUCCACGGAAAUUAAAUGUUGAAGAGGAACUCACAAAGGAAGCAGCCAAAGAAAUGAUCUCUUUUCCAGAAAGUUCAGAGGAAACCGUCCUGGAGCAGGAUUAUGACUUGGUGAAACUAGAUGAAAGCUUUUAUGGGCCGGAAAAGGACCACAGCAAGUUAUCUCACCCAGAGACCCAACAAUCUUUUGUUAUCCAGAAAUCGCCUGAUGAAGACACUGCAAAGGGAUUGCACAGAGAUGUAGAGUCCAGAUCUCCUGGGAUGCCUUUAUUUGACACAGAGGAGGGAGUUUUGUCGAGAACCCAGAUAUUUCCUACCGCAGCCAAAGCCAUUAACCCUGAACUUCUGGAGCAGCCGCCUGCACUUGCAUUUUUGUAUAAGGAUCUGUACGAUGAGGCAGUUGGAGAGAGAAAGCGCGACGAGGAGACGGCUUCUGAAGGAGACAGUGUGAAUUCGGAGGCUUCAUUUCCAAGCAGAAAAUCUGAUGCUGAUGAUGCAACAGGAAUGUAUUUCGAGAAGUACAUACUCAGAGAUGACAUUCUGCAUGACACUUCUGUAGCUCAGAAGGACCAAGGCCAGGGUCUGGAGGAAGAACCCAUUGGUAAGGAUGAGUCCUACCACCUGAUAGCUGCAGAAGGGGAGAUUUGGGGCAAGUCUGGAACUGUUCUGGGGAAGGAGACUCUGGAAGAGGAGCAGAAAGCUGCAUACAGGGAAGGGGAAGCCGAGGGCCACGUGGAGACCCCUGGCGAUGCAGCAGUGCUGCCGAGGGAGGCGCCCGUUGUCGAGGCAGUCACAGCAGCCACCCAGAAGGUGAGCUACGCGAUUCCGUUUGUCGACACUCGUCACACUCUGGCACACGUGGAGGGGGCGACCAGUCAGGGAAAUGAGGCAGCGCAUGCAGGUCCAGAGAGCGGCCUGAAUGUCCCCGAACAGGUGUCCUUCCCGGAGGAGGAGUCUGUGUCUGGUGCAGCUUAUGCUCGGGAAAUACCACUAGAAGGACCUUCAAUACCGGUCCCCACUGAGCCAAGCCAAGAGAGGCUCCGCAAUAGCCCUGUUCAGGAUGAGUACCCAUUUGCUGAGUCUCUCAGCUACGCAGUUGUCGGUGAAGACAUCUCAUCGCAAGAACUGCAUUCAGAAGCCGUGCCUGGAGACGAGCUACGACCUCAAGGCCAGGAAGCCUUGGAGCCCAUCAGCGCAGAUGCACUCAUGAGGGAGGCAGAACAAAGCUCAUCAGCCAGACAGGAAGAUUGGGGCACAGAGACGACUGCCCAAGACCAAGUGUCCCCAGAGUCAGUGACCGAGAAGGCACCAAAGGACCUGAAAAAGCCCCAGAUUGACACGUACUGCUACACCUGCAGGAGCCCAAUCUCCACUCUUGACAAGGUGGCGGGCACCCACAAAGACCACGAGGUUUCCACGCUUGACACAGCCAUAAGUGCUGUGAAGGUUCAAUUAGCAGAAUUUCUAGAAAAUUUACAAGAAAAGUCCUUGAGGAUUGAAGCCUUUGUCAGUGAGAUAGAAUCUUUUUUUAACACCAUCGAGGAAAACUGCAGCAAAAGUGAGAAGCGACUGGAGGAGCAGAAUGAGCAGAUGAUGAAGAAGGUUCUGGCGCAGUACGACGAGAAAGCCCAGAGCUUCGAGGAGGUGAAGAGGAGGAAGAUGGGGUUCCUGCAUGACCAGAUGGUGCGCUUCCUGCAGAGCAUGGACACGGCCAAGGACACGCUGGAGAGCAUCGUGAGGGAGGCAGAGGAGCUGGACGAGGCCGUGUUCCUGUCUUCGUUUGAGGAGAUCAAUGAAAGGUUGCUUUCUGCAAUGGAGAGCACUGCUUCUCUAGAGAACGUGCCUGCUGCGUUUUCUCUCUUUGAACACUACGAGGACAGCUCAGCGAGAAGUGACCAGGUGCUGAAGCAAGUGGCCGUUCCACAGCCUCCGAGAUUAGAACCUCAGGAACCGAAUUCUGCCACGAGCACAACCAUCGCCGUUUACUGGAGCAGGAACAAGGAGGACACCAUCGACUCCUUCCAGGUGUACUGCAUGGAGGGGCUGCAGGACGACCAAGACGCCAACGAGUUGGUGGAAGAAUACAGAUUGACAGUGAAAGAAAGCUGCUGCAUUUUUGAAGACUUGGAGCCUGACCGGUGCUAUCAAGUGUGGGUGAUGGCUGUGAACUUCACCGGCUGCAGCCUGCCCAGUGAAAGGGCGAUUUUCAGAACAGCACCCUCCACCCCAGUGCUGCGCGCGGAGGACUGCACGGUGUGCUGGAGCACGGCCACCAUCCGCUGGCGACCCACCAGCCCGGAGGCCGCGGACACCUACACUCUGGAGUACUGCCGGCAGCACUGUGCCGAGGGCGAGGGCCUCAGAUCUUUCUCUGGGAUUAAAGGACUCCAGCUGAGAGUUAACCUCCAGCCCAAUGACAGCUACUUUUUCUACGUGAGAGCCAGCAAUGCGUUUGGGACGAGUGAGCAGAGUGAAGCCGCCCUCAUCUCCACCAGAGGAACCAGAUUUCUUUUGUUGAGAGACACAGCUCACCCUGCUCUGCAGAUUUCCGCAGACGGGACAGUGAUCAGCUUCGCAGAGAGGAGACGGCUGACAGAAAUCCCAUCCGUGCUGGGUGAGGAGCUGCCUGCCUGCGGCCAGCAUUACUGGGAAGCCACCGUCACAGACUGCCCGGCGUACCGUCUCGGCAUCUGUGCCGGCUCGGCCGUGCGGGCCGGGACCCUGGGGCAGGGAGACACCUCGUGGUACAUGCACUGCUCAGAGCCGCAGAGAUACACGUUUUUCUGCAGCGGCGUUGUGAGCGACGUUCACGUAACGGAGCACCCAGCCAGGGUGGGCAUUCUGCUGGACUACAGCAGCCAGAGACUCGUAUUUGUCAACGCGGCCAGCGGCCAGGUGCUCUUCAUCGCGAGGCACAGCUUCACCGAGGGGGUCCACCCUGCCUUCGCCCUGGAGAAGCCUGGCAGUUGCACCUUGCACCUGGGGGUAGAGCCCCCGGAUUCUGUAAGGCACAAGUGACCCUCGGCUCUCCCGCUGGGCAGUCAGUUAGAUUUCGGGCGUGGGGAGCUGCGCUGUUCUUUCCCCAGGAUGCUGCUGCCAGACAUGGUCCACGGUCCCCCACACAUUGCACUCACAGCAGCUAUGCGCACCAUCAUCAGCGCGUGAACAAACCAACAAGAAAACCCCGACCUGAUAGAGCAGUGUGUGAGUGAGGGGACAAGAGCCCCACACCCUUUGGCUUCUGUGUGCUGGGAUUCCUUCCUCAAUUAAAGGGACUUACACUUGACUGGGGAACCAGCAUAGGUGGAAUUCCAUCUGGACUUCUGGUGAAAGACAUCCUGGGACGGACAGGUUGGGGUGAAGGGAAGGCUGAGCUGCUGGCAACAUGGCUCCUGACAGCGAGCCGCGGGCUUCCUCCCCGAGAAGGGAGUCACCCCCGCACUGAAGGGGCAUGAAUCGGAGUUGUCAGAGAAGUGUCUUAACCCAUCAAAAUGUAUAAUGCGCUCUUUUGUAAUAAUGUGUACUGUCGAACGUGAGUCUCUUUUCCCUGAAAUUGUAAAUGUAGAGAAGUGCUAGAUAUUAGAAGUCUCCACUUUGUUAAAUAAAUGAUUAGUCUCUGUUUCAAAAACA